CUCGUCUGCCCAUCCGCCCGCCUCAGCGUCGAGCCAAGAUGUCGGCUGUGAGUAGGGCCCUGACUCCGCCCAGUCUCUCUCGCUUCUGCGGGGCCAUGACCGGGGCGCUGUUGGGCGACUGCAUCGGUGGGGAGUUCGAGGGAAAAGAGCUGGUCAGGAUGCAGGAUGUGAUUGAAUCCGUUCAAGCCUUAGAGGAGGAGAGGCAGGAGGAAGGUUCAUUAGUGUAUUCAGAUGAUACGGCAAUGACUAGGUGUGUGGCACAGUCGCUGAUAAGUAAACAAGACUUUGAUGAAGUGGAUAUGGCUAAGAGGUUUGCUGAAGAAUAUAAAGAAAAUCCAAACCGUGGCUAUGGAAGUGGUGUCAUUCGUGUAUUUAAGAAGCUUCUUAGCCCAAACUGUGUUGAUGUUUUUAAACCGGCGAGGGAACAGUUUAAGGGAAAGGGCUCCUAUGGAAAUGGAGGUGCCAUGAGGAUCGCUCCAAUAGCACUGGCAUAUCCAGAUAUUCAGGAUGUUAUAAAGUUUGCAAAGAAAAAUGCCGAAGUGACCCAUGCAUCCUCACUGGGCUACAAUGGUGCUAUCUUGCAGGCCCUUGCUGUUCAUCAUGCCUUGCAGGGGGAGUUGAAGGAAGACAAGUACUUGGAUCACCUCAUUGGGGAAAUGCAGUUGAUCGAGAAUGAUGAAAAAUCUCUUUUAGAUGCAAAAGAUUUUCAAGAAUUUCCCUUUUGCAGUAGAUUGAAGAAAAUGAAAACAUUUUUAUCACGAACAGAUGUUUCAAAAGAAGAGGUCAUUAAUGAAUUGGGAAAUGGGAUUGCAGCUUUUGAAUCAGUGCCAACUGCAAUUUAUUCCUUCCUGAGGUGUAUCAAUCCUGAUCCAGAAAUUCCAGAAAAGUACAAUGGGCUUGAAAGGACAAUAAUCUACAGCAUUUCACUAGGUGGUGACACUGAUACAAUUGCCACAAUGGCAGGAGCCAUUGCUGGGGCUUAUUAUGGAAAAGAUCACAUUUCACAGACUUGGCAGAGGAGUUGUGAAGCAUAUAAAGAUGCAGAUUAUUUUGGGGGGAAAUUGUACGAAAUUUACUGUCGUCGCCUUGCUUCUCCAAAGACAAUGGGAUAGAAUUUAAUUUAAGAACUGUCAUUGUCAUUAAGAAUAUAUAUUCAAAUCUCAAAUGAAUAUAUGUGGCUGUGAAAAAGAACAGGUCAUUUCUAAAUCCAGUUAGUUACUUUAUGGGUUUUAUUCCAAUUGAGCAAUCAAAAAGUUUGUAUUAUAUUUCAAAAUGGUUGAUAUUGCUUUAACUUUAACAAAAAAUAACAGAAGUGUUGCAAAGAAACUUCAAUUGUAAUUAUUAUUCCUUUCUAUACAACCAUACAUCUCAGACAAAGAGUUAUAUGUAUAGAAUUUUAAUUCCUUAUUUAAAUGAAUUUGUUACGUUGUCUGAACAAAUUAAGGAUAGACUGUAGUUACUGGUAUCUUGACUAUAUUUGGAGCUUCAGUCAUGAAAAUGUUCCUUUUGCCAGGACAGUAGGUUUGUGAUUCCUUCACUGCUAAAGUGCUCUGUUUAAACCUUUUGUUAUGAGUUUGUUACUUAAACAUCACACAAACUCCACCAUGAUACUAACCAUUGUAUCACUUAACCUAAAUAUUGUAGUAAUUUGAUUUUACAAACCUGGGAUUAGGGGUUGCCUGUUCUCACCUAAAUGGAGAUAUGGUGAUAGAGAGAUAGAAAAGUUGCACCUGCUUAGUUGAUACCCGCUGGUAGCCUAGGUUGUUUUUUUUUUUUGCAUUACCCAAGCCAUAUAUAUGUACGAUAACUGGCUGUUGACUUUUUUUUUACAAGGAUCUGUCAUUGUUUCUGGCAGGGCAUCCCAUCUCCUAAACCACCAUAAUUAUUUUACCUAAUCUUUUCCUUUUGUCCUGAUGUAAUACUAACUUGUAAGCUAGCAGAAGUUUUUUAUCCUGAUUUUUCUUGGUUGGAACUCUACUGUCUUUAAUACAAGCAUAUAAUAUCCAUUCCAUCCAUUUUGAUGGAAGAUAUCAGUUUCUUUAUAUUUUGUGUCUAGAGCUUCUCCUCCUGUUUAUCAUAAUUAACUGACUAUAAUAUUUAACUGCAGCCUAAAUGUUUAAAUUUGGUUGUAUUACUUUUAUAUGAAAGGUUUUUUAUAAAACUUAGGAUUAGAUAUUAUUUAUUAAUUGUAUUAACUUCUCAUGUUUUAAAAGUACUUACUUGUUUGCUUUGCCUUGCAUAUUAAACUAUUUUGGCUGUUGAUUAUCAUUCAUAUGCAUAUAUGUAUAGAGCUUAGUUCUUCAAGUGUAUUUACCAGCAUAUAAAGUAUUGCAGUGAAAUUCCAGUAGUACAUUGUCCAACCAUUCAGAAAUCCUGUUGGUUCAAUAUCUGGAUCACCCAAGGUGACCCAUCACUGCCUGCCCGUGGCAGUGCCACUUCCCCUGUCCCUCACUAAAAUAUUACCACGUAACAACUUUUUUAAACAAAAGUGAAUUAGAAAAUCUGCUGUCUUGCUCGACAAGUCCCAUGCAUAGCAGGUUAAUGAUACGUUGUUGCAUUAGAAUUAAAUUAUUCAUGCUAAUAAUAUAAAAUAGUUUUAUUGAAAGAAUUAUACCACUGAAACAGAUUAUCUGGACUCUACCUUGUCGCAGUUUCUGGGAAUUCACUUUGGACAAAUUGGCUCUUUCCUGUAUUAUAAUAGUAACUGUGCUUCAAAAGUACUUCACUGACUGUAAACAUAUUCAAAUGUCCUGACAAAAAGAAACAGAUUUACAAAUGAGCAAGUUUAUUUUUCUUGAUUUGUAAAUGCUUCCCAAGUUUAAUGCUUUCCCAAAGCAUGCCUGGUGGAAUUAAAUUGUUUAUGUAAAGUUUAAAGGCAGUAGGGUGAAGGGAUUAGGUGUCAUUGUAGCUUGAUAUCUUAUAUGCUUUUGUGUUAAAUUCUAGAGGGGAAUAGAAACAUAUGCAAUUGUACAUGCAGUCAACAACUAAAUAACCAUGAAAUACUUUUCGUGUCACGAAUGCAUAAAUGUAGAUAUUGUUAUUGUCUAAAAAUAGACUGUUUAUAUAUACAGAUUCUGUAUAUUGGUCCCCAUAAUAUGCCUAAAUCGGUUUAACUUUGAAGUGCUUCGAGCCAAUCAAGAUAAUAAAGAUGUUUGCUUUUGAUUUAUCUGAGCGAGGUGUGGAUAAGCUUUACUGUAUGUCCAUUAUACGUACGAUAUGUAACAUUGCCUGCUGCAUUUCAUAAUAAAGGAGUUAAUUCUC